AUGUGCGACCUUUACAGAGUGAAGCCGGGGCAGUCAGGUUAUAUUGGUAAACUGCAGAGUGUCCUGAAGGCAAUGUUGACUGAGCUCAGUGAGAAGGACCUAGCUGAACUUAAAGAGAAGCGCAAGGAGUGGUAUAUUAAUGGGCCAUCAGAGGAAAUGAGACAAAAUAACUCAAGAUCUGCUAAAAUGAAGGGUAGGAAAGUAGUGAAGGACUUUCAGGUGCAAGAUAGCUGGGAUCUGGGAACGUUGAGUUUUGUGCUCAUCACCCAUAAAUAUACAAAUGGAACCAUCUGUGUGUCCUUUCAUGAGCAAAAUGACAAAGCUGUGUUUGAGCUUUUUAGUAAGGUACAACCCAACUGGCAAAAUGUAAAGAUAUGGGAGGCUUGGGGCAAGUAUGGGCAAAGUUAA